CGACGGUUUCCAGGGAAGUUUCAUCGAAAUGGGCGUCAGACAACCUUGGCGCCAUGUGGCGUGUGUUGCGCGUUAAUAAAGGAGCCCGUGGGCGCACUGGACGUGGAAGCGCUUCAUGGACGCAUAAGCUCAUGCAUCAGUGCCAGUUGAAGCCGCGGAGAGUCAGCGACUAGAGACCGAAAAAGAACCGAACGAGCCCCGCUGUAUGUCGCUGCAGCCUGCGCACGUUCGCCCGCCCUCCCGGCUCUAGCAGUUACGAAUUUCUAUCAAGUGAAGCAACCGCAAAGAGUAGAUUGAAACAAAAGGCUGAAGAACAACACUCGCUCCUUAAAGAGGUAGAACAGAGAGCGAUGGACCGAGUGCUGAGCUCUCCGACGAAGCAGAAGGCGCUCGUGCAGCUCAUGAGCUCCGAUCCGUCGUUAUUGGACGGACUGGACGACGAUGUGCUUUCGUCGAUCACGUUAUUAUCGGAUCCUCCCAAGAAAUCAUGGGACAGGCGGCCAGCGCUAUUGAGUCGAGAGAGCAGUAAAGGCGAAAGGAAGACCAUCCAGCUGUAUCCAGACGAUGCAGCUUUUGUAGAGAAGAGGAAGCCGACGUUGGCACUUGCGCCUGGAGGGAUUAGCCACGCGAAGAGAGCGACGUUGGCUAGAGCGAAUACUGUGUUGCUGUCGCCAUCGAGUAAUGCGAAGGCUCUAGCUGCUACAGCAAGCAGCAAGCAGGAUGGCAGGAAUGGCAGUGAGUUACUGACGGGCACCGGUUCGAUGCGUCAGACACACGUGCCUAGAAGAAGUACGUUCUAUCCGACUGUGCAGCGUGAUAAGCCUCUACCCGUGGUACUAUUCGAUGAUAGCAUGCUGAACGUGGAUGGAGGCACAAAAACGACAAAAUCUCCACAAGACAAUGGCAGGGGUGGUUCCACGAAGAAAAGAGCCAAAAGAAUGAGACGAAGACAAAGGAAAAUAGGUUCCAACAGCAGCGAAAGUGGCAGUGACAGCAGCAUCAACAACAGCGAGGAUGAAUCCAACCAACGCGAAGCCGACAAAACCCGUUUAGUAUCCGCGUCAAUGACUCGUGGCAGUGCCAGCUUGGAGUCUGAUAGCGAUGACGGAGCCCAAGCAGUCAGUGCAAUCACUGCGUCAACUGUGUGUGCUUCUAGAUUGGCAUCUGGUUUACUGCUGGAUCAUCAUUAUUUCGUCUCUCGAGGCCAAUGGAUCCCACGAAGCGCUCGGAAGGCAUGCUAUGUCUGUAUGAGAGAGUUCAACGUUCUUCGAAAGCGUCAUUCAUGUCGGAUGUGCGGUGAAGUAAUCUGCAGUCGGUGUUCCGUGCACCGAGAAGUGAAUUUACCGGUAAUGGAGAAUAAGCUCCGCAUUUGCUCCUGUUGCUUCGUAGCAUACAGGAAGAAACUGGAGGAAAGCAAUUUACAGAGUCACGAUGAUGAAGCAGACAGUUAUGAGCUUGCAAAUGAUAGUAGUGCUGACCAUCGGGAGUCGGCAUCACGUGGUGGUUCACUUGCUGCCUCGAAUCCGGAUCCACCUGAACUAUCAGUCUCUAACGCGAUGCCAUUCCAAGUAUCACCUUCGCUUUCGCCAUCGGAGAAUACAUCAGACCGUUCUUCGUCGCGGAAUACGGUCAACACGCUGUCAGACGUGUCGUUCAGCAGCGAUAUGGCUUAUGAGAACUUCUCGUCGGGUAGUUUUUCUGGAUCCCGUAAUAUGGAAGAUGAGCUUGAGGCUGUUCUCAAAGCGAAGCAGCUCGAGAAGGAGGUCGAAGCAAGUCAACAACGCAUUCAAGCAUUGGAGGCACAAAUCGCUACUCAAGAAAGCCAGCAAGAUCUUCUUUCCACGGAGCAACAGACUCAACUUCGAGAAGCUCGAGCUACAAUAAAAAUACUGCAAGAAAAACUUCGCAUGCAAGAAGUGAACGCCAGACAAGCUGCGCACAAUCGCGACUCGAUCUGUCUGAGUAAGUUGAGACAGACCGAGUUGUACGCUAACGAAGAUGAUGAGAGUGAGGCACUAAAGAAGAAGCUCAAAGUGCUGGAGCGACAGCUUAAACAAGCUGGGAUCUCCGUGGCGGAGGUUAUUCCAUACGAAGUGGCGAAGAAAAAAGUGGCAGAGAUCUCGAGGAGACUUCAGGAAAUCGGCUCGUCCGAGGUGGUUAUGGAAGACAAACAAGCGCAAGCUGCAGCGCGUAAGGAAUACUACAUUCUUGAGCAGGAAAUGGAGAAGUAUCACAUGGCUCUUGUCAUGACGGACGAGUACAUUGAAGAGCAACGGCUUCUAGAGCAAGAAUGGGAAGACGCGAAUAGAGAAGCGAACGCCGAAGCCUUACGCUUGUUACGGUCUGCGAUUCCAGUGGACAUCUCACGAUUGUCUGAGAGAGAAUUGAUAGAGAUCGCCACGCCGACAGGAGCGAAAUUUCCUGCUGAGCUUGCAAGGCGACUGAAGCGCACGAAUGUGCUGCAACUACUGCGAACCGAUCCAAAGACUAUCGUGAAGAUGCAUCCGAGUGUUAUCGAAGGAUACCGCACUACAGGGCUUACAUUACUUGAGCGCCGCGCUCUUCAUGGAGUGUUGAAAGAACCUUUCAAAGAGUGGAAGAAACAACAGAAAGAUGAAAUGGCACAGAAGAAAUACGCUUGGUACUGCAAGCUUAAAGAAGCCUUCAUCACUGCUGCUAGAAACCUCACGAACCACUGCAGAUCGUCUGAAACUGGGUAUGAGAUUGAUAAUUUAGUUAUCGGUUCCCAGCACAAUUGCGACCUUGUGGGCUUGGCGUGUCCAGUACGCACGGAGGAGAGGGUGCGAAAGCUAUAUUAUGGUCUGGGGUUCAUACCGGAGCCUGAGUUUAUAAAGGAGGAGAUCUUGAAAAGCGAUCCUGAAAAUGCUGGUGAGAAAGCCUUGCUGGAGGCGCAAGCCCACGUUCGAGAAAUGGUAGCUAACCAACGCCAAAGAGACCUGAAAGCACACUACAACAUGAACAUGCGCGAGGUUGCACAAGCGUUGGGUGCUUUGGAAGAAAUGGACUCGAUUCUGGAACAAAUACGAGCUCUAGAUAUCUCCUUCCCAACCUCGGGAGGUGACGAUAUUGAGCAGCAGAGCCAGUGUAACUCAUUGUUGAACAGUACGCGUGAGCUGACGCUGUUACUCUCGAAACGUGCGGGAAUCUGCAUUAUGGGAAAACGUGACCCCGCCAAAGAUGAAGAAGAUACGCGUUCACCAUUCGAGGUUCGUGAGGCGUGUCAAGCAAUUAUCUUCUUACAGGGGAUACUGGCCGACGUUAAGGCUUUACUUUUCGACGAUAAAGGCAUGAUCCGUGAAAAUAUUUCUAUCACCGCAGCAGCAGCAUUCAAGCCUGUACAGGAGCUGAUCGACGAUGUACACGAGAAGAAUUCAGCAGCGCUGGGUGAUGAUAUUAGCUCUAUGAAUGGUGUGAAUCGAGUGCCUUGGGCGAAGAGGACAGUCGUCCAUACAUCAAACGACAAACAGCUUCUUUCACCGCAGACAUUAGUAAAUCGAUCCGCAGCUCUCCCCACCAGUGCUCUUCUCUUUGAUGCUAUCAAAGCUCGACGAAAGCAAAACAGUAAACGCUUCAGCACAAGGGACAGCAUCGCCAAGAAUGAGUCGCCAACAGAGACAUCACAACCCAGUAAACCUCUCGACUUGAUGGCUGCUAUUCGAGCUCGAAAGCGUGCACAGUCCGGUGACGCUACACAACACUAGCAGCGCUGGUGCUGCGGUAUCUGAAUGCAUAGGGGGAAAAAAUAUUUUGCGAGGCAUGGUAUCUCCCAUGCCAAAGUUUUUGGGUGUGGGCUUCGCGCUCUGUUAGGGUAGAGCGCAUAGUGGAAUACCAAAUCACAGUCGUUGCCACUUCACUUGGU